AUGGACCUAACACACAAGUCUCCUCUAGUUGAUGAGAGUGCCGAAGUCACGGCCAUCGUAGAAGAAUCCUCUGCUGCCGACCCCAGCGCCACGUCCAACAUCCCCUCAACUGGCCCAGUGGUCGUUCCGUCAUUUGUCGCCUUGGGUCAGGCUGUUGCGUUACGUUCGUUUCCCGCCAGCUUCAGCUUGACCUUCCCUCCCUCCCGGCCCUUGGCCCUCCAGCAGCCAUUUCCGUUUUUCCAACUGCCACCAGAGAUCCGUAAUAUGGUGUAUGGCGCCCUGCUCACUUCAGAAGAGCUCAUCGUUCCGCACAACACCCUACCGGUACCCACUUUCCACUAUCAGGCCCAAGAUGCCCGUAGAGCAGCUGGUCCGCUCUUCCACACCUUCCCAACCUUGUUGCGGGUAUCUCGGCAGUUUGCUCGCGAGGCUGCGAUGAUCUUCUACACCACCAACACGUUUCAUCUGGACUUGGUACAUCACAGGGUGUGGCUGGUAAGGAUCACAAGGCCCAACUCGUUCAACAUCAGACACUUGAGGAUCAAUUGUUAUCAAGAGUCUGAUAGAAACAGGGAAACGGAAGCCUGGAUUGCGAGGCUCGUGAACAUGGGAAACACAAUCACGAAGCGAUGCCGCGGGUUGAUGAAGCUCGAGUUACAGUUUGGGCGCCUGUGGAUCGGAACAGGAGAAGGCCCCGAGGUAAUGCCCGCACGACAAUGUCUCCAAUUGUUUGUUAAGCAUGAGGCGAUCGUGACGGCUUGGAGAACAAACAGUUUUUCAAGGCUCAAAAGGAUAACUGUUUUUAUCCGCGAGGAGUGGCAGCAUACCGAAUACCUAGUCGGUCUCUUGGAACAGUUGGCUGGCAACGUCAAGAGAGGGGUUGUCGUGGAGGGUAUACAUGUCGCUACAAUAAAAAGAUACAGAUUACCAGGUGCGUCGCCACAGGAGCAUUAUUAUACCCAAGUAGACCAAGAGCGGAAGUUCUUUGAGGGAAAGUAUGACAGGGAAACAGGAACCGUUGCGACCCAGGUGGUCCCAUGGGAGAUACCAGCGGGGUGGCCCACCGUCUACCGCCGCGGCCAUGAAUAG